AUGCAAAAUGCGAAGUUUGAAGAGUUGGAAUUCUCCGAUUCUAGCGGCGGCUGCGCCAGAAGACAGUUGUUGUGGGAAACAGCUGGUUUCAGCACUGCCAUCCUAAAAUAUUCAGGUGAAAACCCCCCAAAGAUUCUUGUUCGAACCGACAACUGCGCACUUCAGGUCAACCCAAUCGCAGCCCAAAUACGAGCAGAACAUUCCAUCCAUGGAUCGCCCUGUAACAUUACGGAGGCUAAUCAAUACGGGGAAUUGUCAAAUCUGGGGCUUCCGCGAGGGGCGAACUUCAAUAACAUAUUCCCAAACAAAGCGAUAUGCUGUUUAAAAGCCAUCCUGGGUCCAAUCACCCUGCUAGAGGCACAGCCACAGGUUGAACCGAACAUCCCAUCACCUCAUUGGAAGGCUAGUCUGGAGAAGAACUCGAGAAAGGACAUCAUCGAGGAUUCCAAGGUUGACAGCUGUUAA